CUCCACUCCUUAAUAGCCACCAAUCUAUUUUUACCACAGUUUAUACCCAACAGUGUAUUUUUGGAACAAUCAUAAUCACCAUUCUCAUUUUCUUCCUCUGUUUUUCUUGAACGCCAGUUGGGAAAAGCUUCAAAUUUUAGAUAUGGAGUCCUUAACAGGAUCAUCUGUAAAAGGGGUUUGUUUGGACAAGAUUAUAGACAAACAUAGAGGUCUGUCUUUGUGUACUAAAGAUGUUGGUCUGAGUAAAAGGUCAGAAAUUUGCUUUCUUGGAUUGUCAAGCUGUAAGCUUGUUAAUGUCAGCUCACUUUCUAUUCAGCGCAAAACCGUUCAGCCUAUUUCUUGUGCUCCUGCUCUCCAAUCAUCUUUUGACACUCAGACACAUACUCAGAGUGAAGAAACAGAGACAACGGAUACAAAUCAAUCCGAACCUGUCCGUGUAAAAUUUCAAUUGAAUAAGGAAUGCACCUUUGGUCAGCAUUUCCACAUAGUGGGUGAUGAUCCAGUUCUUGGUUCAUGGAAUCCAUCAAAUGCAGUGCCACUUGACUGGUCAGAGGGACAUGCCUGGACUGUCGAGUUGGAUAUCCCAAGUGGAAAAACCAUCAGCUACAAGUUCAUUCUGAAAGGAGAUGCUGAGACUAUCUUGUGGCAACAAGGCCCUGAUCGAAUUCUUCAAACAUGGGAAACCAAGAAAAUAAUAACAGUUUCUGAAGAUUGGGACAAUGCUGAGCUGCAGACAAUUGUAGAAGAGGAACCUGCUGCAGAACAAUCCGAAGAAUCUGCAGCUAAUCCAGAAAUUUUAAUAGCUGAGAAUCUGGUUCCAUCAACAGUUGUAGACCUAGAAGAUGAUGUAAACGAGGAAAAAAGCAAUGAAGUUUUAGCUAUAGUCGCAGAAAAUAUCACUGAAGUAAAAGAGGAUGUGAACACUGAUCUAAAUGAGGACACAAUAAUAGAAGCAAAAGCUAUUGGCAAGAAUAACAUGGUGUUUAAUAAUGAAGUGUUAAACUCAAAAGACGAGUCAAUCCUAAUCAUGCAUGAAACAGUUCCUGUCUUGGUUCCUGGCUUAACCCAAGUUUUGGACAUGGACAAAGUUAUUGCUGAGACCUCACUUGGAUCAAAUAGUGAGGAGUUCAAUGUGUUGUUGGAUGAAGUUCAGAUGAAUAAAAUUGUUGCUGAGGGAUCACUUGGAUUGAAAUCUGAGGAGUUCAAUGUGCCAGAGUUGAGUUCAAAUGAAGAGGUAGUUACUGAUUUAACACAUCCUAGAGAAAUCCCAGAAAUGAUGCUUAAUGUCAAGCAAGAAGUAAGUGGGAAUGAAGAUAUAGAAAAGUCUGAAUUAGUGGAAGGAGGAGAUUGGCCUAACGGAAAGCCCGUGGAAGAGAUAUUUGACAGUGAUAUGCAAUGGGGUAAAAGAACACUGCAGAAGUUCUUUGCCAAUUUGGGUUUCUUUAAAGUAGAGCUUGAAAGCUGAAAACAAGCUCAUAGAAAACAAUGUGUGGAUAACAAUGUCACUGAUAAAUGUAUUAUGGUCCUCUUGUUCUCUUUUUUUCCAAGGCUUGUAUUAUAUUUUGUUCCAAUACAUAUUACUAUUCUCAAGUA